UCAAAUUCCCAUGCAUUCUUCACAUGUCAAAAGAUCCGCUAUGUUUGCUUCUUCGGUCUCUCAAGUCGCUCAGGUCACUUCCUUGUCCUUUCGCCAUGGCAUCCAUUGCUCGGCUGCGGCUGCUUCUGGCGCUGCUGGCGCUGUAUCUGGGUGGUCCCUCCUUCGUCACCAGCCGUAGUCUCCGCCCGGGACAACGGGAGGGCACUGCGCGCUACGCCGAGGGCGAUGCCGCCGCCACGGCGGAUGGCAACGCCGGCGACUCGGCCCUUUUGGCUCCACUGAAGGUGGCCAGCCUGGGGAUGGGGCUGCUGAAGCCCGUCUUUGCCGCGGAGGCGAAGCUCCAGGCCCUGGCCUAUGAUGAAGAGGAGAUCAGGGCGAAGAUUGCGGCAGAGGUGAAAUCUGCUCCUGUGGUGGUCUACACCUACUCCCUAUCUCCUUUUUGCACGGAAGCCACCAAACUCUUGGAUGCGCUGGGUGCUGAAUACAAGGAAAUCCAACUGGCGCCUGAGUGGUUCCUGAUGCUGGGCGAGAAUGCGGCCAAGCGGGCUGAAUUGGGCGUGCUCUAUGGCCGAACCAGCAUGCCUCACAUCUUCAUUGGAGGUGAAAGCAUCGGUGGGUUGAUGGAUGGCCCUGGGCUGGUUCCACUCUACGAGAGUGGCGAGCUGCAAGAGAAGCUGAGGGCGGCUGGCUCGUUACCAGCGGUGAAUCAGGACCCCUUAUCCUCGAUCAUCGCAUCCUUGCGAUGAGAGGCACAGGCCCUAGUGACCACACAGCACAGGCAACACCUGGAGCUGUCAAUCUCGGCUGCAGCUGGUGGCGAAACAUAGCUGCCUUCUGAUGCUGCAAGUAUUUUCCAAGAAAUUUUCAGCUGUUGGCAGAAGUGUCAAGAAUUUUCUGUGAAGCUGGCUGAUUUCGAAGCCUGAAUUGCGCGCACCAAAUCAAAAAUGCGGUGGGAUUCUAUGGCAUUUGAUGGCAGCUAGCUUCUAGGGUUUCUUGAAAUAAUACAAACCAGGCAGCAUGUGGGUUUCGAGAAGUUGCUUUGAACCAUUUGAGCUUCUUUACAGACCCUCAUUGUGUUCAUGCCACCCGCAGGAAGAAUUGAAGCAGCUGAAAGAGCAGAAAGAGCUGCAGCAGGUUGAAAUCCGAAAACGAGAAGAAGAUGCAGCUCAGCAAAAGCUGGAAGUUGAAGCUGCACAAAAGGAGCUGCAAAAGGAACGAGUUCGCCAACAAGAGUUGAAACAGAAGCAGCAGGAAGAAUUGAAGCAGCUGAAAGAGCAGAAAGAGCUGCAGCAGGUUGAAAUCCGAAAACGAGAAGAAGAUGCAGCUCAGCAAAAGCUGGAAGUUGAAGCUGCACAAAAGGAGCUGCAAAAGGAACGAGUUCGCCAACAAGAGUUGAUACAGAAGCAGCAGGAAGAAUUGAAGCAGCUGAAAGAGCAGAAAGAGCUGCAGCAGGUUGAAAUCCGAAAACGAGAAGAAGAUGCAGCUCAGCAAAAGCUGGAAGUUGAAGCGGCACAAAAGGAGCUGCAAAAGGAACGAGUUCGCCAACAAGAGUUGAUACAGAAGCAGCAGGAAGAAUUGAAGCAGCUGAAAGAGCAGAAAGAGCUGCAGCAGGAACAACUUCGGAAGCAAAAAGAAGAUGCAGCUCAGCAAAAACUGGAAGUUGAAGCUGCCUGCAAGGAGCUGCAAAAGGAACGAAUUCGUGAACAAGAGUUGGUACAGAAGCAGAAGGAAGAAUUGAAGCAGCUGAAAGAGCAGAAAGAGCUGCAGCAGGUUGAAAUCCGAAAACGAGAAGAAGAUGCAGCUCAGCAAAAGCUGGAAGUUGAAGCUGCACAAAAGGAGCUGCAAAAGGAACGAGUUCGCCAACAAGAGUUGAAACAGAAGCAGCAGGAAAAAGAGCAGAAAGAGAUGCAGCAGGUUGAAAUCCGAAAACGAGAAGAAGAUGCAGCUCAGCAAAAGCUGGAAGUUGAAGCUGCACAAAAGGAGCUGCAAAAGGAACGAGUUCGCCAACAAGAGUUGAUACAGAAGCAGCAGGAAGAAUUGAAGCAGCUGAAAGAGCAGAAAGAGCUGCAGCAGGUUGAAAUCCAAAAACGAGAAGAAGAUGCAGCUCAGCAAAAGCUGGAAGUUGAAGCUGCACAAAAGGAGCUGCAAAAGGAACGAGUUCGCCAACAAGAGUUGAUACAGAAGCAGAAGGAAGAAUUGAAGCAGCUGAAAGAGCAGAAAGAGCUGCAGCAGGAACAACUUCGGAAGCAAAAAGAAGAUGCAGCUCAGCAAAAACUGGAAGUUGAAGCUGCCUGCAAGGAGCUGCAAAAGGAACGAGUUCGUGAACAAGAGUUGGUACAGAAGCAGAAGGAAGAAUUGAAGCAGCUGAAAGAGCAGAAAGAGCUGCAGCAGGUUGAAAUCCGAAAACGAGAAGAAGAUGCUGCUCAGCAAAAGCUGGAAGUUGAAGCUGCACAAAAGGAGCUGCAAAAGGAACGAGUUCGCCAACAAGAGUUGGUACAGAAGCAGAAGGAAGAAUUGAAGCAGCUGAAAGAGCAGAAAGAGCUGCAGCAGGUUGAAAUCCGAAAACGAGAAGAAGAUGCAGCUCAGCAAAAGCUGGAAGUUGAAGCUGCACAAAAGGAGCUGCAAAAGGAACGAGUUCGCCAACAAGAGUUGGUACAGAAGCAGAAGGAAGAAUUGAAGCAGGUAAAAGAGCAGAAAGAGCUGCAGCAGGUUGAAAUCCGAAAACGAGAAGAAGAUGCAGCUCAGCAGAAGCUGGAAGUUGAAGCUGCACAAAAGGAGCUGCAAAAGGAACGAGUUCGCCAACAAGAGUUGGUACAGAAGCAGCAGGAAAAAGAGCAGAAAGAGCUGCAGCAGGUUGAAAUCCGAAAACGAGAAGAAGAUGCAGCUCAGCAGAAGCUGGAAGUUGAAGCUGCACAAAAGGAGCUGCAAAAGGAAGGAGUUCGCCAACAAGAGUUGAUACAGAAGCAGCAGGAAGAAUUGAAGCAGCUGAAAGAGCAGAAAGAGCUGCAGCAGGUUGAAAUCCAAAAACGAGAAGAAGAUUCAGCUCAGCAGAAGCUGGAAGUUGAAGCUGCACAAAAGGAGCUGCAAAAGGAAGGAGUUCGCCAACAAGAGUUGAUACAGAAGCAGCAGGAAGAAUUGAAGCAGCUGAAAGAGCAGAAAGAGCUGCAGCAGGAACAACUUCGGAAGCAAAAAGAAGAUGCAGCUCAGCAAAAACUGGAAGUUGAAGCUGCCUGCAAGGAGCUGCAAAAGGAACGAGUUCGCCAACAAGAGUUGGUCCAGAAACAGAAGGAAGAAUUGAAGCAGCUGAAAGAGCAGAAAGAGCUGCAGCAGGUUGAAAUCCGAAAACGAGAAGAAGAUGCAGCUCAGCAAAAGCUGGAAGUUGAAGCUGCACAAAAGGAGCUGCAAAAGGAACGAGUUCGCCAACAAGAGUUGAUACAGAAGCAGCAGGAAAAAGAGCAGAAAGAGAUGCAGCAGGUUGAAAUCCGAAAACGAGAAGAAGAUGCAGCUCAGCAAAAGCUGGAAGUUGAAGCUGCACAAAAGGAACUGCAAAAGGAACGAGUUCGCCAACAAGAGUUGAUACAGAAGCAGCAGGGAGAAUUGAAGCAGCUGAAAGAGCAGAAAGAGCUGCAGCAGGUUGAAAUCCGAAAACGAGAAGAAGAUGCAGCUCAGCAGAAGCUGGAAGUUGAAGCUGCACAAAAGGAGCUGCAAAAGGAACGAGUUCGCCAACAAGAGUUGAUACAGAAGCAGCAGGAAGAAUUGAAGCAGCUGAAAGAGAAGAAAGAGCUGCAGCAGGAACAACUUCGGAAGCAAAAAGAAGAUGCAGCUCAGCAAGAAGCUGCCUGCAAGGAGCUGCAAAAGGAACGAGUUCGUGAACAAGAGUUGGUACAGAAACAGAAGGAAGAAUUGAAGCAGCUGAAAGAGCAGAAAGAGCUGCAGCAGGACCAUCCUGGUCUCAGGGGCGAGGGGCUAGUGAUGCUGUCAAGCUGUCAACAAGUUGAAAUCCGAAAACGAGAAGAAGAUGCAGCUCAGCAAAAGCUGGAAGUUGAAGCUGCACAAAAGGAAGAGUUGGUACAGAAGCAGAAGGAAGAAUUGAAGCAGCUGAAAGAGCAGAAAGAGCUGCAGCAGGUUGAAAUUCAAAGACUUGAAGAAGAUGCAGCUCAGCAAAAGCUGGAAGUUGAAGCUGCGCGCAAGGAGCUGCAAAAAGAGCGAGUUCGUCAACAAGACUUAGUGUUGAAGAAGAAGGACCAAGAGACAAGACACUGCGAAGAGUUGAAAGUGCUUGAGGAGGAAAAGGCUCGUAUCUGCGAAGAGCAGCGGCAGGAGCUUCAAAGGCACCAGGAGGAGGCUCACAGGCAACGCCUGGAAGCCGAAGGACGGCAACGCAGCAUGGCUGAAAAGGCGGAAGAGUUGGAAAAAAACGUCGAACGACUGGAGAAGGAGAGGGCCGACUCUGCCGAAAGGCUCGCCAAGUAUCAGCAACAGCUGGAGGAAAUGCAGCAGACAAAACAAGAAGAUCUUCGCAAGCACUGUGAAGAGAUGCAGGUUCUACAGGCGGAACGAGAGAAGAUGCUGAAGCAAUGUGAAGAGCAACGGCUAGAGGCCUCAGAACAAGCGCAAGAGGCGCCCAAACCUGCCGCGGAAAAGGUAGUGCCACCUCCGCUGGCCAAGGCGCGCGCUCUGAGUCCAGAUGCUUGUGCUGAUCGUAAGCGUUUUGCCAUGGUGUCGCAUGACUCCCUGGUGCGUGCCGAAAAACGCCUGGGCGUCCCCGCGGUGAUCGGUAGAUAUCACAAGGCGCCUGAGAGGCAGCUCCAGGAUGACUACCAGCUGGGCGACAAGGUGCUUGGCACGGGUUGCAGCGGCCAAGUGAUGCAGGCCACGAGCCGCGCCACGGGUGCCAAAGCGGCCGUGAAGAAUCUGAGCCUCGUGGGCAUCAGCGAGAAGGCAAAGAAAGAGUUGGAGAACGAAGUUGAACUCUUCUUGAGCAUGGACCAUCCAAGAGUAGCUCGAUUGAUGGAUGUCUAUGAGUCUGAAGGGCGCCUGAGUCUGGUGAUGGAAUGCAUGGAAGGUGGAGAGCUGUUUACCCGCGUGAUGGAUCGGGAGGUUUUUCCAGAGAAGGACGCAGCUCAUACUGCCUGGCAGAUGCUUUUGGCACUGAACUACAUUCACAGCCAUGGCAUCGUCCAUCGCGACAUCAAGUUAGAGAACUUCAUGUACGCGCGGAAGGACACAGAUCACCUGAAGCUCAUUGACUUUGGCCUCAGCAAAGUCUGGGAGCCCAACACCAAGAUGGAGGCAUCUUGCGGCACCUUGGGCUACAUUGCCCCGGAGGUGCUGAACAAAACCUACAGCUCCAAGUGUGAUUUGUGGAGUGUGGGUGUCAUUGUGUACAUCCUCCUCUCUGGCUGUAUGCCCUUUGCGGGCUCUGAACAGCAUCAAAUUGUCUGCAUCAUGUCCGGCAUGUACGACAUGGAGGAUGAGGAGUGGAAAUGCGUGUCGAGCCUUGCCAAAGAAUUUGUGAAAAAACUCCUGGUGGUCGAGGCCGCCGAUCGCAUGAGCGCGGAAGAAGCGCUGGCGCACCGCUGGAUCCAGGAGCGAGAACAUGUGCAGCUGAGCCGUUGCAAAAUGGAUCGAUCCGUUGUCGACGCCUUGAGGCGUUUCGAGCACGCCUCCAAGUUCCGCCGCGCCUGCCUUUCGGUGAUGGCUUGGUCACUGACCCACGAAGAGCGGAAAUCCGUGGUGGACGCCUUCCUGGAGCUGGACACCUCGCGACGCGGCACCAUCCGACUGCACGAGCUGCGGGACGUGCUGCAGCGCUUUGACAUCCCGGAUCAGGAGUCGGCCGAGAUUUUCCACGCUCUGGAUGGUGGUCAGUGUGAUGAGGUCCAUUACAGUGAAUUUCUGGGAGCCAUGGUCUCCUCACGAAUUGCAAUGCAUGACCAGAUGCUGCGUGCAGCUUUUGCCCGUUUCGACGUGGACGGCAAGGGGUUCAUCUCCCGAGAGUCCUUGACGAAGUUGCUGGGCGAGGGAGCAGCAGAGGUGGACGAACUGCUACAGGAAGUGGACCCCAAAGCCACGGGUAAAGUGUCCUACGAGCAGUUCGUGGCGUACCUCCGUAGUGGAAACGCACAGGAGGAGCACAUGGAUGUCGUGAACCAGGUCAUCGACGAUUUGAAACGCGCCAGGAACCCAGAAAACAGCCCUCUUUUCCCCUACCAAGCUGGGGAUCCUGUAGCUAUUGGUGUCCCAACUUCUUCACCCAUAGGGUCUGUUCAAACAGCCGAGGAAGACGCGGAACCUGAGAAAGGUGGCCCCCUUCGUCAAGCUACGGCCUGCCCUGUGCUGGACAUUCGACACCGUCCGCGCAGGAGUUGGGACACACGCGCAGCGCAGGUUGCGGCCAACCUCGAACGUUCCAAGGAUGCCUUAGCGCAGCGUCGCGCUGAACGCGAAGAUCGCCGCGCGGAUCGCGUUGCUGGUGCGAAACCGAAAGAGAACGCGGCCAUCGGCAAGGUGGACGCCUCAACUCAGGCGGCCAUGGCGUCCACGGCCGAACUGCGCAAGGCGCUGCAAGCGGAAGUGGCGAAGGUGGAGCGAGGCGAGAAGGCACUGAAGGAGAACAAAGAGGAGAUGGACGUGAAGUUCGCGGCUCUCCGGAAAGACCUCGUUGCGCGUGAGGAGAAUGGAGAGCAGUUGGCUCAACAGAUGACCAGCGCCGAAGCCGCCGCAGCCGAGCUGCGCAACAAGUUGCAGGGCCAGGAGGCGCAGGUGGUGCGCAGCCAGGCGGAAAUGGCGAAGGCGCAGAGAGGAGAGAAGGAACUGAAGGAGGAGAUGGAAGCGAAGUUUGCGGCUCUCCAGAACGAGCUUCAUACCCGUGAGGAAUUGAGUUCUAUGUUGGAGGCAGAAGUUGCCCGUGAGGAGGCAGCGGAUGGAAGGAUCUCUCAGAAGUCGACCGAAGAUCUGGAAGAAGCCAAAGAGGCCCUGCUGGCUGCGCAGCAUGCUGCGCAUGCACAGCAGGAGGCGGAAGUACAGGUCGAAGAAGCCAAAAGGUCGGUGGGGAAACAGACUGUGGCCGCAGAGGCGUUGAUCCGGCAAGCCGAGGACAAUGCUGAGAGAUGGAGCAAUGAGCUGCUGGGAUUGCCUUGCCACCAUGCCAUGAUCUUCUCUUUGGUGCUCCUGCUUUGGUUACUCGCUUCUGCCUUGGCUGAGUACGAUGCCGGAGACGCUGCUGGAUAUCUGCGCUUGAAUGCGGUGGCCGUUUGCGAAGAUCGACGCAUUGCGGGAUGGAACUGUGGCCGGCAAUGCAGCACGACUGCUGCCUUAGUUGAGAACGGCUCACAGGUGUUGAUCGGCCCAACGCCGGUGUACAACCUCCAUGGAUUUGUCGCCCGGCUUCGGCAUGAGGGAAGCAGCAGCUGUGUGGUGGCGAUUGCAGGCACCUCUUUCUACAAUUGGCGAAAUAUUCGGGCAGAUCUUGAAUUUUGGCGCACAAAGUGGCCCACUUGGUCAGGGAGUUGUGCAGAUUGGUGCUAUGGUUGCGAAGUUAUGAAGGGCUUUGCGAGCAGCUACCAAGAGCUGCGAGAUGAGAUUUUUGCUUCCUUAGAACAAUUGAAAUGCUCCGCAGUAACCUUUACUGGGCAUUCCUUGGGAGGAGCAAUUGCUGUAUUGGCAUCUUUGGAAGCACGUGCUUGCCACAAUUUCACAGUCUCUGUUUGGACGUAUGGAAUGCCACGUGUUGGCAACCUUGCUUUCGUGGAGGCAUAUGUAUCUACAGCCAAGCAAAGGCAACAGAGUCCACCCAUGUGGCGUAUCACACGUGAUUUUGAUCUGAUUCCACAACUUCCGCAGACUUGGCUUGGAUACUAUCACAUCCCAUGGGCAGUCAGAUACUGGAAACAUGGCACUGAAAAGGUGAUUUGCACGGAGAGGUACGAAGAUCCUGACUGCACUUAUGCCGGUGGUACCAUGGCCGACCAUCACAACUAUUUUGGUGUCACGGGCACGGAUGAAAAUCAAGCCUCGCUCGACUGCAUAUCUCAGUCGGCUUUGAAGUCGAAGCGGGAUCAGUUCUUCGCUUGGAGGGCUGGGUUCUGCACGGCGAUGGUGUUUGCAAGCCUUUUGUGCUGUGGCAGCUGCUGUGGCUGCUGCUUUCUGUUGUGCCAGGGACGCCAGCGGUUGAAAUUCAACCCGACUGAAGUCCAGUGUCAUUUGUUGGGCGAUGAGACUGACAGCAGUGACUCGGGCAAAGUUUGAAAGUCAAGGUCUCAAUACCUUCCGAAGAAUGUUGAAGCUUGCCAAGCUUGCUUGAUGCCAGAGCAAGGGUCUUGCGGUGUUUCUUUUUAGGUCAAGUGUCAAGUCCUGUGGGCGACCACUGCGAAGAGAAGUCGCAGGUGAUCCCUUUGGCCCUUUGUGAGUUAUUCUCGUACUGGGUUUUACAGGGGUUGGUAACUGUCCCAUUUUGGGAAUAUUGGACAUCACCUUAUAGUAGCCAUUAUAGACCAUAUACCUAAUGGUUGGGUGAUGUUCAAUGGGGACAUUUAAUGACCCAUG